AUGUCGUCACCAGAUGCGCGAGAUGCACGCAGCCCGUCGCCGAGGCCUCGGUCGCCCUCACCUGCGGCGCGUUCUCGGUCUUGGUCUCGGUCUCGGCACGAAUCUCCAUCACGGUCGCCGGCGCCAAUGAGGGAAAGACGCGAGGAGGACGGAAACGAGCAGAGGUCGCCGAGACAGAUUGCACACCACCCACGAUCACCGCGCGGCAACGACCGUCGGGCCGAGCCCAGGAGACGAGAUGCAGGCGGUGGCGGCGGCGGCGGCGGCGGUGGCGACAAGUACCGGCCGGGCAAAGCCAGGAAGCAGCGGUCGCCUCCGCCGGUCGCUACUGAGGAGCAGAAACAGGCAGCUGCCAAGGCAGAGUACGAGAGGCUGCUAACUGCCCGGUCGGGAGGGACGUACGUGCCGCCGGCGCGGCUGCGGGCGCUGCAGGCGCAAAUCACGGACAAGACCUCGACGGCGUACCAACGUAUGGCAUGGGACGCGCUCAAGAAGAGCAUAAACGGCCUGAUCAACAAGGUCAACGUCAGCAAUAUCAAGCCCCUCGUGCCGGAACUUUUCAACGAGAACCUCGUUCGCGGUCGCGGGCUCUUUUGCCAGAGCGCCAUCAAGGCUCAGGCUGCAAGUUUGCCCUUCACGCCCAUCUACGCCGCCUUGGUGGCCGUGGUCAACACGAAGCUGCCGCAGGUGGGCGAGCUGCUGCUGCGCAGACUGGUGCUGCGGUUUAGAAAGGCCUUUAGGCGCAACGACAAGGCCGUCUGCCUCUCGGCCACGACCUUUGUCGCGCACCUCGUCAACCAGCAGGUCGCGCACGAAAUGGUGGCAGGCCAGAUGCUGCUGCUCCUGCUCAACAAGCCCACCGACGACAGUGUCGAGAUCGCCGUCGGCUUGACCCGUGAAGUUGGCCAGUUCCUCGAGGAGAUGAAUGCUGCCAUCGCCAACGUCGUCUUUGACCGAUUCCGCGACAUCCUCCACGAGGCCGACAUUGCCAAGCGCACCCAGUACAUGAUUGAAGUGCUCUUCCAGACACGCAAGGACCGCUUCAAGGACAACCCCGCCAUCCGGGAUGAGCUUGAUCUCGUCGAGGAGGACGACCAGAUCAAGCACUUUGUGGAGCUCGACGGUGAUCUCGAUGCCCAAGACGGGCUCAACAUCUUCAAGUUUGACCCAGAAUAUGAGGAGAACGAGGAAAAGUACAAGAAGCUCAAGGCGGAGAUUCUUGGCGAAGGCUCCGACUAUGAGGACGACAGCGACGACGAGGGCUCGGACUCGAGUGACGAAGAACCCGAGGCUGCAGAGCAGAAGGCCAUGGACAUCCAGGACCGAAGUAAUGCCGACCUGGUUGCUCUCCGGAGAACAAUCUAUCUUACCCUCAUGUCGAGUAUGGACCCGGAAGAGGCUGUCCAUAAAUUGAUGAAGAUAAACUUACCUCAGGGGCUAGAGGGCGAGUUGCCAUCCCUUAUAGUCGAAUCAUGCGCCCAGGAGCGCACCUACUCAAAGUUCUACGGCGCCAUCGGCGAGCGACUUGCCAAGAUCAACCGUCUGUGGACGGAUUUGUUUGAGAAGUCUUUUGAACAUUACUACACAAGCAUCCACCGGUACGAGACCAACAGGCUCCGCAAUAUUGCUCGGUUCUUUGGCCACAUGUUCAGUUCGGAUGCCAUCGGCUGGCAUUGUCUGUCUGUCAUCCAUCUCAAUGAGGAGGAGACGACUGCAGCCAGCCGUAUUUUCAUCAAGAUCCUAUUCCAGGAGAUUUCCGAGGCUAUGGGAAUGACCAAACUGCAUGCUCGCACCAAGGACGCAGCACUCCAGCCCUACAUGGAGGGACUGUUCCCGCGCGACACGGCCCGCAACAUCCGCUUCUCCAUCAACUACUUCACUAGUAUCGGCAUGGGUGUGCUCACCGAGGACUCGCGCGAGUUCCUCCAAAAUAUGCCGAAGCCGGCCCUGCCCGCUCCUCCUCCCGAUUCGGAUUCGGAAUCUUCGUCAAGCUAUUCAUCCUACACAGGCUCGUCAUACUCUCGCUCACGAUCGCCGUCACCAAGAAGACGUUCUUACUCUCGCUCUCGCUCCCGCUCCCGCUCCCGCUCCCGCUCCCGCUCCCGCUCUGUUACUCCCCGUCGGACCACUAGCAACGGCCGCAUCAACGCGCGCGUGCCAUCCAGAUCCGUUUCGAGAUCGCUCUCGCGCUCUCGCAGCCCUGCGCCGACAAGGGGACGCUCAUAUACCCGAUCAGUCAGCCGUUCACGUUCGCGCUCACGCUCUUACUCUCGAUCCGUCACACGCUCGCCGACCUCACCGCAGCAGCGAGGUAGGCAGCGUUCCUACACCCCAUCCGACCGCAGUCUCAGCCGUGGCCGCAGUCGGAGCUACAGCCGUAGCAGGAGCCCCCGCGGCAGGUCGUACACUAGGUCGCCUGAUCGCGGUGGGCCGCAUGGUACUGCCGCGCCAAGGUCGGCCGUGCCGCCUCGUAGGGCAAGGUCGGUCGACAACCGGUCGCCGCUUUCCAGGUCGCCAUCUAGGUCGAGGUUCCCGACACCUCGUCGUCGGCGAGACUCGCCCAGCCGCAGCCCCGUCAGAGACAGGGAAGGUGGUGGCAGAACUAGCGCUGCAGCUGGCGGCAACUCGGAGCCCAGAAGAGGCCGGAGUUAUUCCCGUUCCCCGUCCAGGUCCAGAUCGCCCUCACCCGCUCCGUCGCGGCGAAGGAGGAGAGAUAGCUCUUCGGACGCAAGCGCGCCGAGGAAAAGGCGUCGGGAGAGCUCGAGAUGA